AUGACUUUUACGCCAGCCGCAAAUGACAUCUUCCAGCACUGGGCUGUUGCAUUUGUUGUAUGCAACUUCAACGUUGACAUAGGUCCAGAAGUGGAGAUACUGUAUCCUCCAAAUGUCGCCUUCAGCACACAAGAUCUCGCAGCCAUAUGUUUCAACAGUUUCCCAGAGCAACAGAAUACAGAAACAGCUGAAGACAUGAGGUUCAAUUUCAUGAUCACGAACAACUCCCCAGACAUAUCUCUAAGCUCUCCGCAAGCUCCCCAUGGCAGCCCUACCAACUUCUACGGAUGCUGCAUUUUCCGGCAAGAAUUCGACCACACUAUGAAAAGAAGUUUCAACCAAAGAACAUUAGUCCUCAUCUCGCACCAUCCUUUUCUAUCCUUUUACAAUCGCCUGCUCCAUCAGAUGACCGAGUCAGGUGUCAUCAGCGACCCAACCACGUUAGAAGCGGCAUACUCCCAAAUACUUGCUUGGCCCUCUCCAUCUCUUGGACGCCACGAGCUCCCAUUCUUAGGCACAAUGAUCACUCUAGAUAUUGCGCCACAUGUCGCUUUUCCGCUCCAAGGUCUUCCUGGCCCUUUGCCGCUUAUAUCAGAUACGCCGACUUCAAUAUACGCCUACGAACCGCUAGGUUCAUGGGACUCAAUUAUGCCGUUCAUGCCCUGCAUCACAGAUCUUUAUAUUUUAUACGAAAAACUACUUCUUUGCGAACCGAUAAUCGUAAUCGCGAAAUCGCCACAAUUAUGUAGCGACGCCAUAUCAUCUCUAAUCGACCUCAUCCGUCCGAUUCCAUACGCCGGGGAGAUCAAACCAUACAUGACCAUGCAAUCCGAAUUCCGCAGCAUCGGCAUCGACGGUGGCACGCCGCGGCCCUUCAUAAUCGGAAUCACGAACCCUUUCCUCCUCAAACGCGUUCUCUCCUCCACAGAAGACAAGGACCGAGUACGCCCGCACAUUCUCUACCUCCAAAACUACGAUGGUCCCGUGCCGACGAGACGACACCACUCCCUGCACCGAAAGUCGAGCCGCAACGUGCUUCUGGACCUCCCAGGCGGAGGCAUCGACGCCCACCCGCCAGCCCGCCGUUUCUUGAAAUCAGACCCCCACUUCGUAUCUCAAGUCGAAUCUCUUUUGAAGCUAGACGUGCAAACUCACGCCCUCGGCCCGCUCAUACGGCGACACUUCGCUGAGCUGACAGCGCAGUUCCUCGCGCCGUUGAACCGCUACCUCGCCACGUCAGUGUCUCCCACUGCAAUAUCGCCCGGCUCCGGAACGUUCAGGUACGCGAGCUUCUCUGUUCACGGCUUUAUCAAGGAUGUAGGCAAGCAUGGGACGAGUGUCAAAAUGAGAGGUCAGGGGCCUAUGCAGAGGCACAGGGCGAGAGAUGGGUUGUAUGAGAGUUUCUGCCAGAGUGCCAAUUUCUACAGUUGGUUGGAGAUGAAGACGAGUUUGGAGAGGGAGGCUAGUGCUGGGCUUUUGGGUGCUGGGAGCGCGGCUUCUUCUGCGGCGGUGCCGAGUUGAGGUGGAUCGUUAGGAUACAGGAGAGUUGGGAUAUUUGGAUUCGCCGUACCACCAGAAACAGAGCUC